CGUCAGACACGUACAGUAUAUGCAGCCACACAAGCAAUUUGGAUAGUUUAGGUUUUAAUUCAGCUGCUCAGUGCACACAGUCAGUAGCUAGCUAGCUACAUGGGUCCAUAAAAUAAGAAUCGAAUAAUUUAGAUAGAUCAUAAGUAACUAACUGACGCGUGCUGGUUAUGAAGGCAUCCUCUUUAACAUGACUAACUAUUUUAUCAAUGUCUGUCAGACACUCACUGGGAAAGAAAUUGAGAUUGACAUAGAGCCCACAGACAAGGUGGAGAGGAUUAAAGAGCGAGUGGAGGAGAAAGAGGGGAUUCCGCCUCAGCAGCAGAGGUUGAUCUACAGUGGGAAACAAAUGAACGAUGAGAAGACAGCAGCAGACUACAAGAUCCAGGGAGGCUCCGUACUACACCUGGUCCUUGCGCUAAGAGGAGGGGAGGUCCUCCACUGUCCCACGAGCCUCCUGCUUGCCUUGUAACCACCACACCCGCCUUGGCCCCAGUAGAUGUUGCCCUUAGGCACAGAUCUAGGAUCAGCUUAAACAUCCUCAAAUCCAAACCAUAACCAUUAUGGGCUACAAUUGCUGAACUGACCAUAGAUCAGUGCUUAUGGGCAACUUCAGCCCUCUCUCAACCCUAGACCUUCUUGGAGACAUAUUACCCUGUUACAAUCACUCAUGUGUCAUUAAUAUUAAAAUAUGAGGGCCCUGCUUCAUAUCUGUAAAGAGAAGGUUUUGUCCUUUGGGCUUAUCACCAUGUCAGCACUCGCUCCUGUCCCUCCCUCUUUCGUGUGCAUCAAACUGAUGAUGACAAAAAUCAUUUGCAGCAGAAAAGUAUACAAAAAUUGCUUAAUUUAUUUUAACUAUCGGUCUAUUAGGCACCCAAUGGUGCCAGGAGGAUUAAGUAUGGGGGUCACAAUCAUAUUGCUUAGAACAAAAACGUAGUGAGACUUCACAUCAUGUAUUGCAUGGCUUUUAGCACAUCCAUCUACAUCAACACAUAGAUAGGCAUAGCCAUAGCCUGGUUAAAUUUGUUGUUAUUGCGCUCACCAUUGUUUCACUUGGUGAGCGCAACGUUCAGUGUGGUUUAACCAGGCUAGCAUAGACAAGAAGGUGGGCAAUGAUUUACUGAGGUGUGUUUUGCAAUAUAUAAAAAUAGAAUCUACCUAUUUUAUUUCUAUGUUGCAGUACUACACACACCAAGGCUUCUACUGUAUAUUCCUGAACCACCAUUGAAGGCCUGCAGUCCUCUGUUUGGUCUGUGUCAAGGGAGGCAAUUACUUGGUGUUAUUAAAUAGUGCAUCAGUUUAGAUGAGGCAGUGAUUGAGUAGCCUGGUUCUAUCUGUAGUCUCUGUGCUUUAGCCAUUCAUUGUACGCUACCACAGUGAUAGUCAGGGUUGCAUAUACAGAUCUAAGACCAGGCUAAUAUUGACCAAGCAGAACAGAAGGUCUGAUACUACAACGUAAGCAGAACAGUAGGUCUGAUACUACAAUGUUGUUACAACAAUUUCUCAUUGGUAACGCAUAAUAGUUGAAAAGAUGAAUAUUCUACUGAAAGAAAUAGCAAAAUGGGGAUAUUUAAGUGCUAUACCUGUGGUAUUCUUCGUCAGUAAUACACAAAUGAUACACAUUGGGUUUAACAUUGGGUUACCAUGAAUGUAUACAAAGCCGUCAACCCUGUGCACAUGCAUCGCAAUGUCCUUCUGUUGUAAGAGUAAAGCCAUAUUGUUUCUGAGGUGACCGAGCUGAUGGUAAUGGAUUAAUAAUGCACAGUUAUGUCGAUAAAGAGGAUACAUUACCCACUUUAAAAAACGUUUUUUUUUUCCUGUGGUAAGUUUCCAUACAGUACGUACAGUAGAAUAUAUAGUUAAUGUGACAUCUAGUGAUAUAUAGGCACAAAACACAUCCAUAUCACACAACUUUCAAAGAUACCCUGUCUGAGCUACAGUAUAUGUUGAAGUUCCAGGCAGACUACAUUGCAGACGCAUGCCAGAUCUCACAACGCCUGGGUAUGUGUUUAACACAUCAGCUAACCACAUGAUAUAAUAUAGCAAUCUGAUGCCUGACUGCCCAGUUGAUGACGUGACACAUAACCAUUGAUUGAUGCAAUGCAACAUCAGCAAUGCAGUCGCCCUGGAACUCGACCUUUGACCCUGAACCCUGUGAUUAUUAAACCUUCACAAGGAUAAUAGACACCGACCCAUACCAUGACUUUUGACUUGUGCUAGCACUGCAGAGGGCAAACUGUCUCUAUACAAACUGGUUGACUUAUCAUAAACUGCAUGUAUAGAUGUAUAUUGGUUUCAAUGACUUAAUACUGUAAAGUAUGUGUCUAAGGUCCAAAUCUGUAUUAUUAUUGUACAUUAUUAAUACAACUGCAUCCAUUACAUUA